AGGAGGGCGUGUCCCUCCCUCCUCCUCCUCCUCCUCCUCUCUCUCUCUCUCUCUCCUCCUUCCCUCAGCUGUAGAUCGAUGUGACUGUAUGUUUGUACCUGAGGACUGAACCCUUCACCUGUGGAUCCUCUCCCGGCAGCAGCAGCAUCAUGGGCAACUCCGCGUCCAGUCUGCUGGAUGAAACCAGAUCCAACUCCAUCAAAGGCCAGGCCGAGGCCGUGCUGAAGGAGUUCAGUCCCUACUACAGGAAGCAGUUCUCGUUGGCUCGGUUCUCUCAGGUGGAAGAUGAUCUGGAGCAUCGCAAAGAGAAGAUCACGCAGCUGCUCCAGCAGAGGGAGGCUCCCGAGGAGGCCUUGGUGCUGUAUGAGGACCUCGUCCUGUACUUCGACGACAGCAGGAAGUGGCGUGAGCGGUACGUGGUGGUGAGAGCCAAUCACAGCCUGGAGUUACACGACAGCCUGGAGGCCUUCGUCAAAGGAAGUCAGCCCCGCCUGAAGCUGCUUCCUACGGGGGGCACCGUCCUGACCUCCGAGGACGACUACAUGGCCCUGGUGGACCAGAGCUUCCCCGACGACACCAAUGUGAAGGAGGACUUUGGUCCUCCUCUGGCGGGCAUGCCGGGACAGUUCCCCGUCUACCUGCGUCUGCCCUACAGGACGGACUCGUACUUCUGCUUCAGACAGCAGGACCGACAAGCCGUCUUCCUCUCCAUCCUGUCGGACUGCAUCCGACACCAGAACCAAGACUUCCUGAAGAAGAAGACGUGUGAAGUGCAGGCCUUCCUCAAAGCCAUCCAGCUCUACCGACAGGACCGAGACCAGUACGAGGCCUGGGGCAUGCUCAUAGGAAGUGAUGUCCGGGUGAUGGCCAACGAGGUGAUGGAGCAGCUGCUGCCGUCUCUUGAGGUGGACCUGCUGCCUCGCCUCAAAGCCAAGAAGACGGAGAAGAGGAGAGUCUGGUUCGCUACGGUGGAGGCUGCGUACGUCCUGGUCCAGGAGUGUCUGCUGGAGGGACUCUCGGCGCUGAAGGAGGAAUGUCGAACGUCGGUCCGGCAGCAGGAGGUGCUCAUCCACUCCGAAAUGGACCACAUCCUCAGCUCCAGACGGCAGCUGGAGGAAAAAGUCCGAGCCAAAGUGUGGGCGCCGGCGGAGCGGCUGUGCUGCGACGUGCAGCCUUACCUGGGCUCGGUGCUGGAGGAGCUGAUGGAGCCGGUCAGCUCGGGUUUCCAGGAGGGACGGCAGCUCAGCGAACGCACGAUGGACCAGCUGUGUCAGGACGUCCCGCUGCUGGAAGACAACGAGAGACUGAAGGAGGCUCUCGCUGACAUGGCGAGACCAGACCUGCUCAGUUGCUACCAGAAGAUCGGCUCUCUGCAGGAGAAACUGCAGCAGCUGCAGCAGAGGUUCGGGGUCUCCAACAUCACGGGGGUGAUCCACAGCGCUCAGAUCGACCUGCAGCAGCUGACCGAGAACGCAGCGUACACGUUUGAGCAGCUGCUCCAAAAAGCCGUCGAGGACAACCUGGACGACCCCGGCUCGGCCAUCGAGAAGGCCAAACACCGAGUGCUGAAGCAAUAUGAUUACGACAGCAGCACGGUGAGGAAGAGGAUCUCCAGGGAGGCUCUUGUCCUCAUCACUCUCCCCUUCAUCAAGAAGAACCUGGCCCCCACCUGCAAAACUGUGUUCAUCAACAUCGAGAACGUUUAUGAGAGCGUCCUCCUGCAAUCCCUGGACAGAGAGGUCACCAAAGUGGUGAAGGAGGCGGCGAGCCUGAAGAAGUACAACCUGUUCACGGACAGCAGAGACCUGCUGAGUCAGUCCAGCCGCUCCAGCGUCUCGUCCACGCCGGGCAGCCCCGCCAUGGCGCUCGCCUCCCCCUCUAAAACCUCCUCUGAGCCCCGGUCCAGGUCUCCUCUCGCGCCCAACGGUCAGCCGUCCGGUCCCCCGAAGGACGAGCUGACGGGGGCGGAGAACGGUGACGAGACAGUCUUUGAGACACCUCUGCAGAAGGUCGAAGAAAUAUUGGUAGCUCUGAGCGUCUCUAAACUGCCAGAAGUCGACCAAACUGCCUCCGUUGCACUCGAGACUCCGGCGUUCGCAGAUUCGACCAACCAGAGCCAGCCGCAGGAAGUGAACGUAGAAACCGCCGCAGAGGAAGCGAUCUCUGUCGUGACGGCAGCUGAGCCUCCGAUGCAGAGCGCAGACCCUCCAAAAGGGAGAAGAAUCACUUUGUCAGAAGCGCCCAGCGUUGUAGAAAGCAUAAAGACGGACGUAGAAGCGUCAGCGGCACAGAUAGAAGCGCCCGUACCGAGUCCUGGUGCCGCUAAGGAACCGGUGAGCUCUUCAGCAGGAGGCUCCGGGGCCCAAACUGCAUCCAGCAGUGACGAGGAGGCUCCCUCUGGUGGUCAAACGCCCGCGCUCCCACCUGCAGACGUCGGCGUAGACCCGAGUCUUCAGGAGGCAGAACCGGCGCACGUCUCGGGCCCAAACUCCCUGGAUGUGUCCGUAGGAAGCGAGUCCGCCCCGUCGGAUGUGGAGUCCCUGGAGGGAGUGAAAACGACGCGGAGCAGCGAGGAGGACAAAGUCUCGACGACCUCUGACGUCUUGGAGGACGACGCCGACGUCAGUAAAUCACCGGAGAGCUCCGACGAUGCAGCCGAGGAUGAGCCCGCGAGAGCCGAGCCGUCUCCUCGGGUCCAGACAGAAGCUGCGAGUGCCGGAGACACGGAGGCGAGCGCCGAGCCUGAAGCGCCGCCCGACUGCAUCAAGCAGAUCCGAGACCUGGUGACGGAGGUGAUCGAGGUGGAGGAGCUGGUGCAGCGCUACCCCGACGGCAUUCCCAAAGCCUCGGAGGAGGAAUGAAGCAUCACUGUUCCUUUCAGCAAGACGAAGGGACACGACUGCAGAGAGGACGGGAGCCACGAGCCGUCCUGGAGUCAGAAACAUUUGUUGAAACGAAGGCACUCCGUCCUGAGAAGGAUUCCCAAAAGCUUCCAUGAACUUUUAAAAACAAACAUAUGCAUGAAAACUAUGGUGAAUUAUUUAUACUGUCAUUUACACAAAUCAAUAUGUCAGCAGUGUCGGUGUCAUUCAGUGAUUUUUGUUUUCAACACUAAAACUAUUUCAGCACCAAAAUGUUUUUACAAAGAUUGUGAAGGAGUUUCUGGAAAUUUGCAUUUAACCGUAGAAAGCUUGUGCAUUUAUUUUUGAAGGAAUAGUUUUUAGACAUUUUAGAAAAUACUCUUAUUUGCUUUCUUUCUGAGAGUAGGAUGUAAAGAUGGGUAUCAGUCUGUAUGUGAGAUGGAGUCAGGACGUGGUUAGCUUAGCUUAGCAUAAAGCCUGGAGUCAGGAUGUGCUUAGCUUAGCUUAGUAUAAAGCCUGGAUCUUUCCAAAGUAAAAUACACCUACUGACACCUCAAAAAUUAGUUAAUUAAUCAUCCUAAUUAACGUUAAAAUAACGUAACUAGCAGAACAGAAUUGUAAAAAUGCAGAGUUUUAAAACACAUCCCGUUGGAACUAUUUUCUCGGCUAAACCGCAGAUACAACACAAAUAAAAGUCCUAAGUUAGACAUUUUACUUUAGUAAAAGUAAAACAAGUAUUACCAGCUUAAAGGAUCAACAGUAAAAGUAAUCAUUCUGCAAUAUUUCUCUCUUCAGUGUGACCGUGUCAUCAUAUUUUAUUUUAAACCGAUCACGUUUUACAAGUAAAUUCCAAAUCUGAAAUGUAACAACUAUAGGUGUCAGAUGAACAUAGUGGAGUAAAAAACAACAUUUCCCUUUUAAGAUGGGAAGUAGAAGUAUGAAGUUGCAGGAAAUGGAAAUACUUGUAAAUUACAAGUACCAUAUUUUUCGGACUAUAAGUCGCUCCGGAGUAUAAGUCGCAUCAGUCAAAAAAUGUGUCAUGAAGAGGAA